CCGUCGUAUCCUGAGUAUAUAUAGUACGUGCUUUACGAGUUCAGUUGCAAGUAACGAGCUUAAUCAAUGAAUAGAAUCACUAUGACGUUCCAAUAUAUCACGAUCAGUGCUUGUCUGUGCGCAAUUGCCUCCGCAGCCCCAGCUGUCAACUCGACGUCGGUCCUCGACACCAUUUUGUCUCGUGGCGAACUACUCAUUGGCGUUACGGGUGACUACAUCCCUUUCAGCUUUCUAGCCGAUGGAGUUGAUAUUCAAGAUGUUGCCGGCGCAGAUGUUGAUUUAGGUCGUGCUUUGGCCGCAUCCCUUGGUGUGAAUGCCACCUUUGUGCAGACAUCAUGGCCUACCUUAUUGGAGGAUUUACACGCGGGUUUAUACGAUAUUGGUAUGAGUGGUAUAACGAAGACUCUAGUGCGCCAGCAGGUCGCUUACCUAUCUGACUCGUAUAUGGAUUUUGGCAAGAUGGCCGUUGUGCGGUGUGAAGACGGCGAUAAGUACGCUUCACUAGACGAUCUCAAUCAACCGACUGUCACUUCUGUGGCGAAUCCCGGCGGUACCAACGAGAAAUUUCAGCUCGAACAUCUAGACAAGACAAACCAAACAACGUGGCCUGACAACCGAUCGAUCUAUGAUCGCGUUGCGGAAGGGCAUGCAGACGUAUUCGUUAGUGAUAGUGUUGAGGUCUUACUGCACGUGGAUCUGGAUGAGCGAUUGUGUGCACCUAUUGAGGAGACUUUCACACAAAGUGAAAUGGGAUUUUUAUUGCCACGCGAUGACAUUUGGCUAAACUACGUGAACCUGUGGCUACAUCAGGAAGAAGUAGCGGGUAGCUUAACAAUGGAGUCUUUCAUCGAGAAAGGUGAAGCACUAUAUGUGGCCAAUAUUUAGAGUAUAGAAGCUCAAGGAAGUGACUUUAAGAUUAAAGUAAAUUGAACAUAACAUAUCUGAUUUCACUGCUUCAAUUAAGUUGUAGUACAUUAUCAAAAACAAAUAAAGGAUAAUAUCAGGAAGAGUGCAC